CGAAAUUUCGGUCCUCUAAUCUCCAGGAAACAGUAUCGUAUACUAUUAUUUAUAUUUAUUCCGGUGGAAGGGCGAGCAAUCAUUUAAAAUCUGAUAAUAGCCUCUCCAAGCAUACUUAUAAACCUAAAUCAGAAAUAUUGUGUCAAAAUGACAUUGUGUUGUGCUGAGAAUUGUCCAAAUCGUUCAGGGAAUGGAGUUUGUUUUCCAAAAAUUUUGAAAAAGAUUCCAAAGAAUGCCGAGUUACGAGCAAAAUGGAUAUACCAAAUUAAUAGACCGAAUUAUAAAUUUGGCGCGAGCAGUUAUGUUUGCGAGUUCCACUUUGCACCUGACCAGUGGGAAAACAGAGAUGCCUGGCAACUCAAGAAAGAUGCUAUUCCUACAUUGUUUUGCUUCUGUUCUAAAAACAGAUUGCCUUUCACAUUAUGUGAAAAUUUAAUUCAUGACCACCGUUAUUCAUCCUCCCCGUUUCUAUCUCGGAGAAUAUUUUCACCUGCAACCGCAAGAACAGAUGAGAAAGAAAAUCAAAAGUGUACAAAUUUGAGAAAGAGGGGCAGACCUUUCAAAGGUAGCAGAGUCGAUCAUGAACAGACCUGCCCUAUGAAAUUAAGGGUAAUAGACCACGAUUACACAAUGUUGCUACCUGUACAUAAUGCCAGACAAGCGGAGUUUAUACCUGCCAUGUACAAAAACAAGACUAUAGAAUUAGCUACUUCAAAAAAUGGUGAUACAUCACAGGAAUCAUCUACAUUGAAAAAUACUCGUGAUAAUCUAUUGGCAGAAAAAUCUACUUUGUUUCUCUCUGAAAAUUGUUUUAUAAAGUCUUUAUCCAACACUGCAAGCACAGAUUUUAGUUUUUCAGACACACAUUCUUUCAGUCCAAUAAAAAUGUCAUGUUCAACUUCUGAUUUAGAAAAAAAAGUAAAUUCUAACCAGGGCAACAGAAUUGGCAAUAAUGUGAAUAAAUUGAAGAAUGAAGUUAUAAAGCUGAAAAAAGAAAAGGCCGUGCUUGCAGCUCAACUUUCCAAACUCAAAAAAAAAUAUGCCAGGUUUAUUAAACACUUAAGUGGCAAAUCUGGAGAAGUUCAGCUAACUGCUUUAAUUAGAGCUAGAAAAGCUAAAGGAUUGAAGUGGUCAAAUGAAAAGAUCCUUAGAUCUUUAAGACACUAUAAUGCAUCCACCACAUCUAGAUACGAAUCAUCUCCUGAAGUUCAAAAUGCAAUAUCGCCGCUACAUAAAUUUCUUCAACGGCAGUUUCGACAUAUUUUCGACCGAAGUCCGUAAUAUGAUUCUUCAGUAAAAAGGGCGCAUGCUUUUUAUCAAAAUCCAAAACUACAUUGGUUAUUAUACUCCCGAAACUUCGAAACUAAAAUUUCACAAAGAUACAAAUCAAUACGAAUGACAAAUAUAGUAAUCUAAGAAGUCUAGAAAAUAAUUAUCUGUGGUUGAAAGAAAUUUAGUCGUAAGCGAUUAGUUUCAGUAAUUGACUAACAUUAAUCGCGAUUAAUUUUGAAAGCUAAAUUUUUAAUCGUAUCACGUAAUCGAUUAAUAUCGUUUCAAACAAUGUGAUACAUAAUCGAAUGGUAUAAAUUGUCAUGUUGUUUUUUUUUUUUUAAUAUUAAGAGCUAAUUAGAUCUAUAUGUAUUCCAUUAUGAAAAAAACACUACUUAAUACUUAUGCAUAUGUACCAUUCUUCCACGAGAAGAAAGCACAGCGUGUUUACAUCCCCACUCCUGUUGCAGUCCGCUGGCUCAUAGGCAUUGGUCGAAAACUGUGACGAAGAUCGGUAACAGCCAAUCAGCGGACUGCAGCAAGAGUGGGGAUGUAAACACUCUGUGCCUUCUUCUCGUGGAAGGACGGUACAUUCGUAUAAAUAUAUAGAAUAUAGAAUUCAGAAUACGAUAAGGAUAUAAAUAUGGACAUUACCGUGUAUCUACGAAUCUGCGUAAAUCGAAGAUUCAUUAUAUUGUAUCACGUUUAUUAAAUGUUUAAGAUUAAAAAUAUUUUGUAAGAU